AUGACCGACUUCCAGAUCAAAAACGAAGAUCUAACUGGCUUCAAGGGCAAGGUCGCAAUCAUCACAGGUGGAUCUUCUGGUAUUGGGCUGGCCACCGUCGAGCUGUUGAUCUCGCUUGGUGCACUGGUCGUCAGUGCCGACAUUCAGGAACCUCCAGCGACAGGUGACUUCCUGUUCGUGUCAGCGGAUGUUCGGAAGUGGAAUGACUUGACGAAGCUUUUCAAAGCUGCCAAAGAGAAGCAUGGCAGAGUUGACUACGUUUUCGCAAAUGCCGGCAUCGGACCACGCGCAGACUACCUGAACCUUGGCGAAGAUGCGAAUGGAGAGCUACAAGAGCCUAACAAGGACACCUUGGACAUCAACUUCAGCAGUGUCGUCAAUACUGUAACUAUUGGUGCGCAUUACAUGAAGAGUCAGCCCGAAGGCGGAUCUAUCGUGAUCAUGGGCUCCAGCACAGGUUUGCACCCGGUGCGAGCUGUCGAUUACUCUACGGCUAAGGCUGGUGUGAUCGGAUUCGGCCGCAGCUUUGCACGCCUCGUGGAAGUCGCGGGUCUUCCCAUCCGGGUCAACACUCUUGCACCAUCAUGGACAGCAACACAAGUGCUUCCCGAUCUCAAGACUCUACUCGCAGCAGUGUCUCAGGAUUGUCAGUCGACAGAUGUGGUCGCUCGUGCGGUCGCAUAUCUGAUGGCCACCAAAUCCAGACAUGGAGACCUCAUUUUCGUGUGCGAUGGCAAGUUCAAAGAGAUUGAGAAAGCUGUGCUCGCACCGGCGUAUGAGACUAUCAAGGGCGACGCACCCAGCGACGAUGCAGUCUUGGCAAAAGUUCUUGCAUUAGGUAGUUAG